CAAAAUUAAUCUCUCUCUUCAAUCUUCAUCCUCUCGAUCCGUCUUCUAAUUUUCCAGUCAAGUGCCCUACACUACAUCACAUCAAAUUAGUAGUAAUUUCAAGAAAGAUCAUGGAAAUUGCGUACAACUACUACUUGCCUGAACUUCAGGGAAUUGAGGAUCCAACCUUCUUUGAUCAAUACCAGAUGGAUUCAUUUGCUUGUCCACUUGAUGACUUUGACUUUGAGUCUUUCUCCGGUUCCCCAGAGAGCAACUCCUCAUAUCAUUUCAACUCCGAAAGCACACCAAAUUGUUUCCCAGCUGAAAGUCAUGAUCAGUCUUUUACCCCUGCAAGACCAACCAAGAGGCUCAAGAACACUUGUGCCAGUGACUUCAUUUCCCACAAGGUUUCUGCUUUUUCAUCCUCCCAACUUAUUUCCUUUGGGCACUUCAAUGCCCCGUCACCAUCACAUGCUUCCCAGCAAUUUCAAAACCUGGACUUCGAUGAGAAAGCGUCUAGUGAGAACAUGGAUUUUGCAGCUUUCGUUUCUCAGGGUUCGUAUGAGGACAAAAGUUUCCUAAGUUCUGAUAAUAGAACGAACCAGGUUGGCAUAACCACUAGGAACCCAAUCCAAGCUCAAGAGCACAUAAUAGCUGAAAGAAAACGAAGGGAAAAUCUCAGCAAGAGGUUCAUCGCUCUUUCCGCCAUCCUCCCUGGCCUCAAGAAGAUGGACAAGGCUUCUGUGUUGGGAGAUGCUGUCAAGUAUGUGAAACAACUACAAGAACGUGUGCAAACUCUGGAGGAGCAAGCAGCGAAGAGAACACUUGGAUCGGGAGUGCUGGUGAAAAGAUCUAUUAUCUUCGCUGAUGAUGAAACUUCUGACAGCCACUGUGAGCAUUCACUCCCCGAAGUCGAAGUCAGGGUUUCUGGGAAAGACGUACUCAUCAGAACUCAAUGCGACAAACACAGUGGACAUGCUGCAAUGAUACUCAGCGAAUUAGAAAAGCUUUACUUCAUUGUCCAGAGUAGCAGCUUUUUGCCCUUCGGCAAUAGCAAAACUGAUGUCACUAUUAUUGCUCAGAUGAACAAGGAAAACUGCAUGACAGCAAAGGAUCUCCUAGGAAGGUUGCGACAGGCUUUGGUCGGGCAUAACUAGUUCAAGGAAUUUAUGUCUAUGAUGUGCAUGAUUACAAGAAUAAGUUUAGUCAAUAAUGAUUUUUAUCGCAGUGCUUUAUUUUUCCUUUUUCGUCCAUGAUGUGGAUUCUGGAGUUACAUAUCAAGGGCCUGCGAGUAUCUGUUUACAUAGGACUUACAUGGAGUUGUUCAUUCUGCUGUGAGGUGUGGGGAGUUUCAACAGAAACAACACAUGAUGCCAAAGUGUUUUUUUUCUGUUGCUUUUUGCGUAGUUGAUUGGUCGGCUAUGUUGCCCUACACCAGAAUAGCAUUUUCAAAUCUCAGUAGUUUUUUUCCCUCUCAUUAAGAAGGAUUUUUGAGAGGCUUUGACUUAUAGAUCACCUCUUUCUUCUCUGUUUCCCUGUUGUGAAAAAGGGUUCCGGUUUGAUAGAGGCUAAAUGCCGAGCACUUAUUUAAAUUUGUUUCUCUUGUCGUUUUGUGUUCUCUUACUUCUCUAUAAAAUUCUUCUGGUUGUAAUAGCGACAAGUUGAUUUUUUUUUUCUUUUUUAAAAUAUAUAUUGUAUGGUUUGGUUGCAGA